AUGUAAUUUAAUGAAAACACAAAGAAGUUCAUGACUCCAGAAAUGAUGAAAUAGAUGUCUUAAAUGUGUGCAAACAUGAGUGAUGAUCAAUUAAGAUAAUAUGCCUAAAUGGCUGGAAUGGGAAAUGUAGAUCCUUAAUUUAUGAGACAAUAAAUGGGUCAAGUUAAGAAUAUGAGAGAUGAGGAUCUAUAAAGAUAAGUUAAUCAAGUAAUAUAUUUAUAUAUAUAUAUUAGACUCGUCCAGAAGAUAUAGAAAGAGCAAAGUAAAGAAUGUAAGGUUAAUAAUAAUAAUAAUAAUAAUAAAAACCAUAAAGUGAAUAAUUUCCAAUAAUUAACAAAUUAAAAAAUCAAGGAAAUGAUGCAUUUAAAUCAUAAGAUUAUGAAAAAGCAGCAUCCAAAUAUUAUGAGGCAAUCUCAGAAAUUGAAGAAUUAUGGGAGAAUAAUUCUUAUUUAAAAAAUGAUACAAACAAAAAAAUAGAAUUAAAAUAAUUAGAGCAUUCUUGUAGAUUAAAUUAUUGUAAUGUGAAAGCUAAACAAUUAUAAUUUGAUGUUGUUUUAAGGUAAGCAAAGAAAGUCUUAGAAGAUGAUGAUUAAAAUGGAAAAGCUAAUUUCAGAAUGGGCUAAGCAUUAUUUGAAACAAAAAAAUAUUAAGAAGCUCUUGGAUAUUUAGAGAUUGCCUCUUAAAAAUUACCAAAUGAUGAAACUGUACAAAUUAUGUAUAAACAAACAAAAGAAUAAUUGACCAAUGUAAAUUUAAAUGUUAAUUUAACAUAAAAUUAAAAUAAAACUGAUCCAUAAGUAUAAGAAUAAAAUAUUGAAUAAACUUAAUUUGUAAAAUAAUAAGAAGAUUAAGUAAAUCAAAAUUAAUAAUCUUAACAAAUUUAAAAUGAUAAAAUACAAAAUUAAGAUUUUUAAGAAGAAGCUUAAAAGAAACCAAAAAUCAAAUUAUCCUCUGUUGACACUAAUUCUGAAGAGUUCUAAAAUUUAAAGUAAAAGGUACAAUCUUCUAAAGAAGAUGGUUUUAUUGUUGAAGAAGAGAUUCCUACUUCUAAAAGUCAACCUAAUAAACCUGUUACUAAAUAAACAGAAACUUAGAAUGUAAAUAAAAUACCAGAAAAUCCUUAAUUUCAAUAGUAAUUCGAUUAAUUUAAAAAUAUGGUAAUAUUCAUUACUAUAAUAGUCUCCUGAAUAAUUAAAUUAUAUGACUAAUACAUUAAAAUCAAUGGACAAAGGAUUCUUGAAAUAAAUGAUGAAAUAAUAGAGUGGAGUAGAAAUGUCAGAUUAAUAAAUAGAGAUGAUGUAAACUAUGAUGACACCUGAAAUGUUGGCAUAAAUGAAAAAUAUAGAUCCAGCAGUAUUAUAAUAAUAAAAGUUAUAAUAAUCAUAAUAAUAAUAAUAAUAAUAAUAAUAAUAAUAAUAAUAAUAACCUAUUUAAUCAACUUAAUAAUCAAAUCAUUAAAGUGCUCCUUAAGUUCCUACUUCAUCUUAAUAAAUGCCAUAAAAUCUAUAAGGAUUAGCUUAGAAUCCAUAAAUGCUUGAAAUGGUUAUAGAUUAAUUAAAAGCGAAUCCUUAAAUGUUAAAAAUGAUGGCUCCUGCAUUUGGUGGUAAUAAUGCAAUUACAUCAUAUAUUGAUUCUGCAAGGUGAGUUAUAUAAUUUAAUUUUAAUAGUCCAGAGUAAUUAUCUAAAGUUGUUGGUAGAUUGGCCAUAUUUUUAAAGUUUUUAUUAAUGUUGUAUAGAGCUUGGUUAAUGGUUAAAAAUCAAUGGAAAUUUAUAUUGGGGUUCCUCUUGGCGUACUUAUAUUUUAAAUUAUUUUGA